AGCAAUACAACUGCACCAUAGAGAGAGAAAAGUCUUCUGCUUCUAUUUUUGAUUGGUUCCAGUAUUAUUUUUGUCUUCGGUUAUUUUUUAUCAAACAGCAUAUAAACAACAGUAAGUAAUUGAUGCAAAACUUGUCGUUGGACAAAAUUCUAUUUACGUGUUAUAGCAUAUAAACUUGUCUAUUGAUUUUCUUCUUAUUCUAGAUAAAUUGAUAGUCUCAUUCAAUUGCUUUAAAUAUAUAUUGAUGAAUUCAUGCUAUGUUUUUUAUUAGGUGAUCUAUGGAAAAAUAUUUUCCAAAAAAACCAACAAGUACAUCUCAUUCUCAUGAUGAUUUGGAGAAUUUACCCGUGGACCCUGCAGAUAGGAAACGAAUUGUGGAAUAUCACCCUAACCAAAGAGAUGAGGUAAGACGCAAAUAUUUAGUUAAGGGUCCUUAUCAACCUCGUGGUCACAAAUUUCCUAGAACACUAACCGGAGAUAAAUUGAGACGAUUCAAUCCAAUUUGGUUUGAUCUUUAUGGUGAUUGGCUGGAAUAUAGUGUGAAGACAGACAAGGCUUUUUGUUUGGUUUGCUACUUGUUUAGAGAUUACACAGAAAAUAAAGGUGGAAGUGAUGAAUUUGUAACAAGGGGAUUUGAUACAUGGAAAAAUCCAAAGAGAUUGAGUGUUCAUGUGGGAGAAGUGAAUAGUUUUCACAAUAAUGCAUUGAAAAUGGCUGAUAAUUUGAUGAGACAAGGUCAAUCAAUUGUUCAUGCUUUUUAUAAGCAUGAUGAUGCUGCAAAAAAUGAAUACAGAAUCAGAUUGAAUGCUUCAAUUGAUGUUUGUAGAUAUUUAUUACGGCAAGGAUUACCUUUUUGAGGUCAUGAUGAGUCAGUAGAAUCAGCUAAUAGGGGAAACUUCAUAGAGCUUGUGAAAUAUACUGCAGAUCAAAAUGAGCUUGUAAGGAAGGUUGUGUUGGAGAAUGCUCCCAAAAAUAAUCAGAUGGUGUCUCACAAAAUUCAGACUGAUCUAGUGCAUUGCUUUGCAGAGGAAGUUAUUGAAUCUAUUAUUCAAGAAGUUAAUCACGAUGUAUUUUGCUUGUUGGUGGAUGAGUCUGCAGAUGUUUCUACUAAGGAGCAAGUGGCAGUGGUUUUUCGCUUCGUUGAUAAAGAUGGGAUAGUAAAAGAAAGAUUUAUUGGUCUUAUUCAUGUUCAAGAUACAUCUUCUGCAACUCUGAAAUGUGCUGUUGAUUCAUUGUUUGCAAAGCGGGGGUUGAGUAUGAAAAAAUUAAGGGGACAAGGUUACGAUGGAGCAAGUAACAUGAAAGGUGAGUUUAAUGGGUUGAGAUCUUUGAUUUUAAGAGAAAAUAGUACUGCAUAUUAUGUAUACUGUUUUGCUCACCAGCUUCAAUUGGUCGUCGUGGCAGUUGCUAAAAAACAUUUUGAAGUUGGUGAUUUUUUUGAUAUGAUUUCGGUUUUGUUAAAUGUGGUUGGAGCAUCUUGUAAGAGGAAAGAUAUGGUUCGAGAAGACCAACGAAGGAUCAUCGAAGAAGGAAUUAGUCAAGGUGAAAUUAAGACAGGAAAGGGACUGAAUCAGGAGCUUUCAUUUCAAAGACCUGGUAAUACUCGAUGGGGUUCUCACUACAAUACCUUAGUACGAUUAGUUGAUUUAUUCCCUUCUAUUGUGAAAGUAUUGGAGUAUGUCCAGAGCGAAGGGAGUGAUGGUGUCAAAAGAAGGCAAGCUAAUGGUCUCAUCAAAUAUUUGCACACCUUUGAUUUUGUGUUUUACUUACAGUUGAUGUUACUUCUUCUCGGGAUCACAAAUACUCUAUCGGUGGCUCUGCAAAGGAAAGAUCAAGACAUUUUGAAUGCUAUGUCUCUGGUGAAAUCUACCAAGCAACAAUUGUACAAUCUCAGGGAUAAUGGAUGGGAUUCUUUGGUUGAAAAAGUUAAUUCUUUUUGUGAGAGUCAUAACACUGAGUUGAUCAUCAUGGAAGAAGAAUUUGUUGAUCCAAAGAAGCCAAGACGGAGAACCAACAUGACAAACUUGCAUCAUUAUCAGGUGGAAUGUCUUUACACUGUAUUGGAUAUGCAAAUUCAAGAGUUUAAUGAUCGUUUUGACGAGGUAAACACUGAAUUGCUUAGUUGCACUGCGUCUUUGAGCCCUUUUGGUUCCUUCCACGAGUUUGACCAGUCGAAACUUGUGAGGUUAUCUGAGUUUUAUCCAGAAGAUUUUUAGUUCUGUGGAGCGGAU